CUGGCAACACUGGAUUGGGUUACAAUCACCCAUCCUGAUCUUCAAAUAGCAGCACACCGGAGCUCGACAGACGCUUCAGCACUGAAAACUGAAACUGAAAUACAACACCGCCUGUUUCUUUAGAGACUCGGCCGGUAAAACGUGGUGUUUAUCCCGGCUCUCGCGUGUGUAGCAGGAGAAGAAGCGGAUGUUCUAGCGAGUUCUAGAACGAGGACUGACUAGUUGUCUCACGAGGUUAUAAAGUUGGUUGUUAAAUACAAUAACUAGUCACUUUAAACAGGCGGAGUUGAGCGAUCACCAGAGUCCUUCCUUCAACGUUUAAUACUUUCCGGGUUUUCCAAAAUUAGACGGUGAUUCUACCGCGGUAACUCUGUUAACAGCAGUUAAGGAUCACACUGACUGGUCGUUGCAGUGUCAUCAUGCCUCAGAAGCGGCGCUCACAGUCGUGGACGGAGCUCAAACAAGCCGGUAACGAGUGUUUCAGAACGGGUCAGUAUGGAGAAGCUGUGACCCUCUACAGCCAAUCCAUCCAGCAGCUGGAGAAGUCUGGUCAGAAGAAAAAGGAAGAUCUGGCUAUUUUGUACUCCAACAGGGCCGCCAGUUACCUGAAAGACGGAAACUGCAAUGAAUGCAUUAAAGACUGCACAGAGUCUCUUGAAUUGGUUCCUUUUGGAUUUAAAGCUCUGCUUCGCCGGGCGUCAGCUUACGAAGCCUUGGAGAGAUACAGACAGGCUUAUGUGGACUACAAAACUGUUUUACAGAUAGACUGCAACAUACCAGCUGCUCACGAUGGCGUCAACAGAAUGACCAAGGCUUUGACGGAUAUAGACGGACCAUCUUGGCGAGAGAAACUGCCACCGAUUCCCACCGUUCCAAUGUCUGUGAAAGAAAGCCUAGCGCAAGCCACCAACUCGGCCUCCAACUCAAAACAGAACGGCGUGAUUGACAACAAGAAAAAAGCACCAGGACCUGAAGCUGUUAAAAAGGCCAGAGCUCUAAAGGAAGAAGGCAAUGCCUUUGUGAAGAAGGGCGAACACAAGAAAGCCGUGGAGAAGUACACACAGUCACUCAGUCAGGACCCCACAGAAGUCACAACCUACACAAACAGGGCUCUCUGCUACCUGUCAUUAAAGAUGUACAAAGAAGCUAUUAGCGACUGUAAUGAGGCUCUUCUAUUGGAUUCUGCCAACAUUAAGGCAUUUUACCGACGUGCCCAAGCAUACAAGGAACUUAAAAACAAGAAGUCUUGUAUUGAAGACCUCAACAGUGUGCUAAAAAUCGAGCCGAACAACGCAGCAGCACAGAAGCUCCUGCAUGAAGUACAGAAGAUGAAAUAACAGUGAUUGUAAAGUGGAUAUGAGGAAACUUUCCCCAAGUGCCUCGUUGAUUUGCCACUCAAAGCUGCAACGUUUGCUACAGACUUCUGCUCAUCCUUCAGAUAUGCACAUCAUAAUGUUAUUUAAAAAAUAGCUUGAGUGUUCAUGUUCAUAUAGGCACAUUUGACUGGGUGUAUUACUGUCAUUAAAAUGGCAAUUGGGUUUCCUUUUGAAACUCCAAUCUUGUGUUUGUUUGGUCAGACUUAUUCUGGUUGUUAAAUUAGUCCAUUUAAUUAAUCACUAAUCGAAUCUGAUGAUUUGGCAUGUGAUUUUAAUGUCUUUUUCAUUGCACAUUUAACUGACUGGCUUUUUUCAUUUCAAAACAAUUUCCACUUAAUACACUCAGUUUUAGGGCUGUAUUUUCUACAAAAUGCGUUCAUGUUUUACACUUACCUUUAGUCUUUUCCAGAGAAAGUACUCAGAUGUGUUGUAUUGUUGUGGGUUAAUCACUGUCAAAACCAUUUAAUGUUUAUAUACAUUUACAAAGACUUGACACCUGUAUUUAUUGAUGUUUCGUAUGCCAUUUUGCAUCAAAACAAUGUAAACGGGUCUUUAAUUUAAAGAAAGUAAUGCAUCUGAUAAUAAAGGACAAUGUUCAGUAAUAA